AUGAAGUUGUGUUGGGUGUGGCGGCUUAAAUAUUUGCGGGCGUCGAAGGUGGCGUACGGCGGCUCGGUGGCUACUCUGUUGAAGGGCUAUCUGCAGCAGGGGGCGGAGACGCACGCUGCCAACCUGCCGGCGUCACAGAAGUAUUUCUACAAGCGGCGGGAGCAGAGUGACGCGUCGACCUCGCAGAAGCACCAGAUGAUUCAGCUGCGUCUUGGCUCCGCCCAGGUAUUGACCUCGACGGCAGGAAACAUCUCCAACCACAACGAGGCGCAUCCCCUUUAUUACUCCCAGGCCUCGCCUCGGGCGGCCGGGCUGUGCGUCUCUCUCGUCGUCGCGCUGAAUAAACUGCGAAUCCGGCGACUUACGGAGCUGCAGGGGGCGUUGAUACCGAUGUUGCUUAGAGGCAAGCAUGUCAUUGCACAUGCCGAAACAGGAACUGGAAAGAGCUUUGGCAUCGCGCUCGCCUGCGCUAAUCGAAUCAUUCGGCAGAAGAUUAACUACCGUCUCCACACGGUCAUCAUUGUUCCAACGGAGGAGCUGGCGCUGCAGUACGAAAAGUGGCUGCGUCACUUUGGGGGAGCCACUUCGCAGGUGGCGCAAGUAGCAAUCGAGCGGGUUCCGAUGGAGACGCAGCUGGCGCGGCUGCACAACAUCCAGCCACAUGUGUUGGUUGGCACACCGCAGCGUAUUGCUGAUGUCUUGAGACUCAGUCCCACAAUCCUGGGUGAGAAGCUCCGCCGUAAGGUGGACUGCGUUAUUCUGGACGAGGCCGAUAUUAUUUUGGCUUCCGAGGUGCAGUUUGGGCGUCACACAAUAAGUGGGAGUAGUUUGGUGGAUCGUCUUUUCCGCAGUCGCCCAGAGGAGGUGCCGGCACAGUUGAUUGCGGCAAGUGCCACGAUUGACGGCCGUACGGCGCAGGCCCUCAAUACGUGGAUGCGGAACGACAAGGCGAUACGUCUGACGACGAGUUUUGUGGAGCACACAAUCCCUCAGACAAUUAACUUUUACUUUUUUUCGGCCUCGCCGAGGCAUCCACUACCCCGCUGUUUAGAACUAAUCCUCCAGCUUAUAUGCAAACAAGAAAAACGGCCUCGAGUUCUUCUUUUUACAUCACUUGAGGCAGUGGAGGAGGUGGUUAAUUUUUUGUGUACAUUACCGCAGCGUUGUCGGGAAUUGCUUGGAUGGUUGCAAAAAGACUCUAACAGAAUUCUUGCGGCACCUUUACAGUCGCUUGGGGGCACGACAGGUGGUCGAUGUGGGCCUAUUGUGGCAGGGUUACGUGACGUGUACGUGAAGGAUGAUAGUUCAUUGGAGAAGCUGAACACCGGCAAUCUGUUGGUGGGUGUGGGGAGCCACGAACUGAGCCGCGGAAUCCAUGUCAGUGGUGUCACGCAUGUUAUCCUUUACGGUGAGUGCCCACCUGCAGCGGCCUUUGUGCACUGUGCAGGGCGGACUGGCCGAAUGGGGGCUGAAGGUCACGUUGUGGUGCUGUAUCCACCGUCCUCGGGCCGUACUGUGCAGCAGGUGUGCCACGCAGCAGAGCUGCCGUUUAUGUCGGGGCGAAUGGAGCAAGUGGAGGAUCUGCUGGGCGCCGCGGAUUUCGACUUCGCUGAGACCCUGGGGAAGUCACAGAAUGUGAAUUUGCAGGAACGGCCAGAUGAGGCCGGGGAAUACUUUGCUGCUAUGGGUCUUUCAAAUGAGUGA